GUUAAAAAUAAUUAUGGCGGCCGUCGUUACUGCUAAGAUUGGUAGCUGACUUUUUUCUGUGAUCAAGAACAUAUUAACAAUGAAUCCAUGGUGGCGUUGGCGCCUAUUUGCAGAUAAAUAUAAUAACCAUCUUCUGUAUUCUAUGAUCGCAAUGAUGUCUUGUGUUCAAGCCGUGUUGGUUUACAAGUGGUACAAAGGGGAGCGAAUCAAACGUAAGUAGUUCCAUGCUGUCACCGGCAAACUUUACAGUCCUCUCUCUAAGUCAUCUCGACCAGAGGCUUGUAAAAAACUACUAUUUGUCUAUUUAUAACAGCGUAAGAUUAUACCAAAAAAAUAUUUUUAAGAGAUGAAAGCUUAAAUAUUGAUUUGAAGAUAAAUUCGCCAUGCUCAUGUCUUCAGAAGGGGGUGGGAAGAGUAACCUUUUUUCGGCUUACAAGGUAUCAACUGCAGAUUUUGAGGAUUUCCUGUGUUUCUUGAAGUUAAUAACGUUUGGUCUGUUCAUCAAUGACCUGUCAAAGUCAAACUGAAGUUUUCUGUGUUUUGCAAUGGACAGGGUUUCUAGUUGCAUUUUCCCUUGAGAAUUUGAACUGUUUUGUGUUAAUCAGGGUCAGAAUUUGAAGAUGUCAGCGGGGCUCCCCACCAAAAUUUACAGCAGAAGCUCUUAUCAGGGUCCAACAAGUCAAACUAAAACAGUUUGUACUGAGCUUGUGCUAUUUGGCCAUAUGUGGUGACACAUUUAUGAUGUAAUACAGUAAAUGUUUUGAAUAUAAGAGAAACUGGAUAAUAUUCCUGAGAAGGGCUGUUGUCAGUGAUGGCAACUGGUGUGUCAAAAUCAUCAUCGGGGUUGACUCUGAUGCUGACAUCUGCCGAAGUUGUUAAAAUGUAAGUCACCUUUAUUGACAAAAGUCACUCUCAGAACUUCUCCCACCUGGAUAAUUAGACCUCAAAAUCAAACUGAUAAUGUGAUAGUGUGUCUCAGCAACAGAAUGUGUAGAAAAAAAAUUCCUUUACCACUGAAAGAGAGGGUCCCCAGUCAACUGUUCAUGGCUACGAACCAGGUGGCCGGCUGUGUCCUUUUAUUGGAAGAGAUCCAGUGCUAUUACAAUACAUUUGUGUAUUUUUAAAAUUUAGGAUACAUUUUUAAUUAUAGCAACUGAGGAAGAGCUGUACAAGAAGGGACCUGGGAUACAAAAACUUGAGGAGUAUCUAAGAACCAUGGCAAAGAGCCCAGUAAGUUUAUAACUUCAAACAUUAAAAUUGGAAAAAAUUGUUUUUGCCUCAACUUUUUUCUAUUGACAUUGGUAAUUGGCAAAAUUGCUCAAUGAUCUGAUACGUUUUUACAAAUAACAAGGAACAGUGCUUGAGAGCAAUUAAAGUUGAAUGUGAUAAUCGUAAGCCAAAAUUGUGUUCAGUGAAUUGUUCUACAAAGAGGUUCAUAACUGGUGGUCAUUUACAUUCAUGCGUCAAGAGAGGUCUUUUAUUAACCCUUAACAUUCUAACAUCAGCAUACAUAUUCUCCAUACUGUUCUCUAUACAUUUCCUAAGGUGCUGACAUGGAGAAUUUUUGUAACAAUGAAGAGCCUCUUUAGGUGGUGAUCAUCUCCUUUAUUCUCAUAACCUUAAUGUGUGAUUCAGGGGUGAUAUUGUAAGGAGAAAUAAGAUACUAGUCACGCUCAGGGGUCAAAGGGUUCAAGAGCAUCUUCAUUUGGUGAUCAUUUCCUUUAUUCUCAUAACCUUAAUGUGUGACACAGGGGUGAUAUUGUAAGGAGAAGUUAGAUGUUAGUCACUCUUAGGGAUCAAAGGGUUGAAAGAAAGAAUUAAAUUCUAUUACUCCGGGGAGUCAGACUAAGAUAUCAUUGAUGUUCAUUUGGCAGUUACCAAACUUAACUUUUUUCAUUUUUAACAAUCUUUAUUUUGUUUAGCUUUUUAAAAUUAAAAGAAGAGAUCCUUUCAAGGAAGAUGAAGACCAGUAACCUUUGUGAAAUUGGCAAAGAAAGAAACUGUGGCAAUCUGGUUGUACCUGUAACAAGAUGGGAAAGCCAUGAUUGCAGAGUGGAUUUUAACAGAUAGACAUGUGGAGAAAAGAACUCUCUGUGAUUCUAGAAGUUGUGGACCACAAGGGAGUUUUUAAUUUUCUGCAAGAUCUUCUGACAUCUGUUUUUGCAGAUAUGUUAAAAAUUUUAGUGCCUGCCCUAAGUAGAACUCUCAGGAUGUGAUUCCAGAGUGGAAUCAACUUGAAACAGCUUAAAAUGGCACUCACGGAAUGAUCUAUCUAUUGUAAAAUUGGUAAAUAAAUAAAAAUUUAUUAAAAGAAGUACUGGUAUGUUUCCUCCAUAUAUGCAAUACAUGAUAUUGGAGAAAAAAUUAUGACAUUUUUUUCUCUCCUCUGGCAUACUUAAACCUUUAACUCCCAAGAUCUCAUCAGUAUUUCUCCUUACUGUCAGACAUAUAGUUGUUGUGAUGUUUGUUUGGAGAAUUUGGUAUUGAAUCACCUUACAUUCCCUUAGUUUAUAUUUUUCUUUAUUCUCAUCACUUGUCUGCUGAUAUUGUACUGAUAUUUUUAGGAGAAAUUCUGUCUUGGUCACUCAUGGGAGUUAAAGGUUAACUGAGCUGUUACACAUUUGAGAGACACUAGGCUGAUGUCUGGUGUAAAAAGGUUGUUAUAAAUAUCUUUUCAGGUUUAUUUUAUUAUUACGAGUUCAAUAUGAUAUGUUAUCUUCGGAUCAGUCCAGUAGAGAGACGUAAAUUUUAAAAUCUUUAUGCUGAGAGAAUUAUCAAGUUCCCGUACUUUUCGAGUAGUCCAGUACACAGUUCCCACAUUUACAAGUCACUGCCGUAGCUAUGGCAACAGACCAACGAAUUCUCGAACAUGUAGAGCGUAACAUCUUGGAACGUCGAGAAGAACGGCUGGGUACACGUUUUGACUGAGGGAUUUAGAGAACUUUAUCUCCUUUAUUUUUUUUCGACGACGUUGGAUUUGUUUAACAGACAUGUCUGCGGAAGGAUCAUACAGGCUUGAACUAGAACCGCAGAAAAAGAACGUAUUUGUAACACAGUUGCGGUAAGCGCCAAGCCACUUUUUUUGCAUUAUUUAGUAGUUGCGAGAAUACUCCUAACCUAUUUGAAUUGCGGUUUUUUUUCUUCGUACAGAGAGGAAGAGGAAGAUGACGCCCAGAUUCGCAAAUUUCCCGUUGUUGAAGAGGUAUCGUUCUAUUAUUCUAUGUAAAUGCUGUAUAUAGCAUCUUGUUCCGGUUUUAAUAAGCGUUUUCAUAUGAUAUCUCUUUCAUUGGUAAACAGCUCUUGGUCGAAGCUUCCGCUGGAACCUAUAGAAUUUAUGUUUCCAUUACUAUUUGUGCAACUCUUGGUUAGAUGAAUAGGUAAUGGAGAUGGUAGAGAACUAAUGAAAUUGUUGAAAUGCAACCAUCACUUUGAACUUAUUAACUUCGUUUUACCGCAAGGUUAUUAACAGUGAAUGUCGAAAUUGUUUACAUUUCUUUUUUCACCACAUGGUGAUUUUCAUUUUCUGAAAAUAAUUGCAUAUACUCCUCGGUACAACAGCGUAGCAUACGCCGCACGGUUACGGGGGCAUUAUACGGAAAAGUUGUGAAACAUCUCUACAAAGUUAAACUUCAUCGUCAUGAUGUUACUUCUCGCGCGCGGUGAACCCUUCUCGUAAGCCCAAGCCUGAGUCGAUGAACGACUCAUGGGUCCGAUAAACGUAGCUUAAUUGAUCAGUGGCCAUUCGUCGGACAAUAAAAACGGUUUUUUUUGCUAAAAAACGAAAUCAUGAACACGAGAUGAUCAUCAACGAACACAGUUGUAAGUCAAUGUAAUACGUUUUCUAGAGAUGUGUUCAAUAGUUCUGGAUCAGUGCCCUGUACUAUUACUGUAUAUCAUGAAUUAAACUUCACCUUUUGACUUCACAUGAAAAAUAUUGAAAGCUUUUACACAGUGCAACUCCAUCAAACAUGUGGGUAGUGGUCGACCUAAACACAGGGGUCUUGGCAGAGUGUUUGAGAUUGACUUAAUUUAACCUUGUGCGUACUGCGUGCAAAUGAAAACUAUAUGCUGCCUUGGUAAUGGCUGUGUGGUCAAAAUCUGCCUAUUAUCAGUUAACCCUAACCCCCUAAGCGAAGGGAGAAUGUCCACUUCUCCCACCUACGGGAUCCUUGACCAUGCAGUGUCAAUUGCGGUUAGCUUCCAGCUUUCCCUGGACAGUUAAUUGGUAGUAUGACUCCUUGAUGGGGAGAGGCUCUGAGGAUAUGUCUUGGACUAGAGCACAAUACAAUAAGGACCUUGUGAUUUAUUGAGACAGACAUGCUUAGGGAAGGCUAUGAUCAGGCGUCUUAUUACUAAUAGUACUUUGCCCAGGACAACAGACCUAAAGUAUAUAUAUGUCCCCAGAAAAUGAAAGACCCUCUUUAGUGUUGGUCUUGUUUUGUGCUUUUCUAUUUUUCACAAUUUUUGUUGCUUUGUUUUCACACCAAUUUCUUUAUUCCUCAAAUUUUGAAUGAAGUUUUUCUUAUUUUUGUCUAAUUUGUAGUCAGCAAGUAAACUGCUUGACACAGGCCUUAACACAGUACAGUCAACUUUACUACUUAAGAAACAAGUUGAAGUUGAAAAGGUUCAAGAAGAUUUGGAUAUCAAAAGACGUCAGUUUGCAGAACGCAUGGCAGCCUGCAAGGCUAAAGAGGAGGAGCUAAAAAAGAAACAAGCUCAGGUGAAGGAAAAAAUUCAAACCUAACUGGGCUUUCCUCCUUUUGGGUGAAGUCUUAACCGCAGGUCUAAAAAAAUCAGUAAAAAUCUAAAAAUUUUGGUGAGUGCAAUGCCUACUUUUUGCAUGCCUCACUCACAGUUCCACACGGCACUCAACCUCAAUGUUAAUUCUUUUCCUGAUUUUUUCAGAGUUGGGUGAUUGACUUUGCCCAAAUGGAGUGUCUGCUCAUACAUGUAGUUUACCUGCGAGGUGAUAUAAUUAACUGAUGCUUCUUGAAAAGCUUUGCAUACUGUUCUUCUGCCAAGAAUCUGAAUUUCCUCAGUGUUAAAGCUACUGGUUUUGACAAAAAUCCAAGAAGUAUUUUUAUUGUGAUAUUUUGUAGAUUCGUGAACGAGUUGGAAAGUUUGAGAAGUUUAUAGAAGAAAAUGAUGCAAAGAGAAGACGGGCAAUACAGAAGUAUCAAACAGAAUUAAAACUUAAAACUCAGAAAAAUAGGGAGCUUGAUGUUUUAUCAACUGAAUUAGAGCAGCUGAAAACAAGGUAUGCAUACUAGACUUGUAGAGCUCCUCAGAUUAAAUUCAAUUUAGACAUUAUUGACUGGUUUUUUGUAAUGAAAAUUAAGUUGUUCUUAUGAGAAACUAUUGGAGAGAGUGUUUUCUUAGAAUUUUAAGUUUUAAAGUAAUAGUAUGCUAAAUUGAGGUAAUUAUUUGAUUUAAAGGGUUAAGGGAGAGGAGUUUGCUUGAUUAUUUGGUCAUCUCUGAAACCACUUUAAUGUGGCUUAAUUUUUGCAUUAUUUUUUACAAUGCACAAAAAGUUUAGAGGAAUAAUUUUGUUGCCCAGCACAAAUGUUUAGUUAUCAAUUGAUCUAUUUAUUCCCAGAAAAGAAGCUCUGAUGGCAAAGCUGGCAAGAUACUCAGUUUAUGAAAAGUUUUUGAUGAAAGUUCUUGAUCAGUUACCAGAAGGUACCAGCACAGUUUUUAGUUUUAAUGUUUAGCAUGAAAUAGAGACACCCUAACCCUUUCAUCUCCUGAGAGAAAGAUCUCAUGAGUAAUUCUCCUUGGUGUUUUCCACACAUUUCUUGUGAUCUUAUUUCAAAGAAUUUGGUAUUGGAUCAAUCAAUAAUCCCCUAGUAGAUAAUUUUUUGAUUCUCAUUACUAAUCUGCUGGAUAUUGUUAUGAUAUUGUAAGGAGAAAUUCUGUCUUGGUCACUCAUGGGAGUUAAAGGGUGAAGGUACCACAGAAAGAAAUAUUUAGGCUUUCACACAAACUGAAAUAGCAUGCAAAUCUUUUUUAAUAUACCUUAGUAUAUAGUUAGGUAUACAUUUCCUUAAAUCUCAAGAAGUCUUUCAAAAUUGAGACCUUUUGACAGAAUCAGAGCUUAUUCUUUCAUACCAAGACACUUUACAAACAAAUUUUAAAUUUGACAAUGCUUGUAAUCCACACCAUUUUUUUCCCAUCAGAAUGUGAUCUGUACAUAUCAAUUUAGGAAAGGGUGUGUGGGAUUUUUAAGUUUAAUCAACACUUUGUUACUUUUUAAUCUUUUAUUUAACUUCAAACUAGUUGGAAGAAGAGGCUUAGGGGUGUUUUUUUUUUCUAAGUUAGUAAUUAAGACUUGCAAGAUUACAAAUACUAUAUUUCCUCAAAUAAGCCCCCAAGCUCUAAAAGCACCCUUCCCUGAAAAGGCACCCAUCCCCCAGCCCAAAAUGUCAAACAAGUACCCCUCUCCAGUAAAGGCCCUCCCACCCUGCUCAAAUAAGCCCCCAUGCUCUAAAAGCACCCUCCCCUGAGAAAGCACCCAUCCCCUAGGCCAAAAUGUCAAACAAGCACCCCUCUCCAGAAAACACCCCCCUGCCCACCCCUCCCUUAUUUUCUUAAGGUGUAGGAAUACUUGGAAAACUUGUUUCUAUUGCCACUUUAUUUACAACUUUUAAGCUUCAACUACAGCAAAUCAACACAGGAGAAUUAUAAGCACCCCUCCCUAGAUUAGGUACUCUCCCUCCAAUAACAACCCCCCUUCUUUUUAGCUCGUAAUUUAAUAAGUGCCCAGGCCCUUAUGUGAGGAAAUGCAGUAUUUGAAAAAUGGACCUUGUUCUUAUUCUAUGGUGAUUAAAACUGUUAAUUGAAAGGGAUUUGUUUGUUUCUUCUCACUUAAGACUACCUUGAGGCAAAUGACUCCAUGUUGAUGGGAAUCAUGAUGAGGUUUAGAACGCUGAGUGCAACUAACCAAUCACUGGUACAGAUGUUAGGGGACACUUCAGAUCAGGUGAAUAUGAAUUCAGAGUAAUUUUUGGCAGGAGGACAGUUAUGGAUUUUACUAGUUGUCCACUGUCCAUCAAUUUUUGUGGUGCUCUUUUCCAUGCAGUCAGGAGAUGGACUUCUGGGCCCAGUCAUUUGAAGGCUAAUUAGUGCUAAGUCAGUGUUAAAUUAAUCCAGGUUUCUUCAUUUCUCUGAUCAAAAGCCUUUAAGGGAAAAUUUUCCCUAUUCUUUUUAGAACAUCCAAUGACCAAAUUGUAACCAAAAAGAUAUGAACUGAAAUUUCUUUAAAAGCUUUCAGGCCUGAAAUCAAAUUUCACCCUAACCCAGCUUUAAACAACUCAGGCCUGGGCUUCUGUUCCCUUGUGAAACAUUAGCUAGAUGACUCGUGUCACUGGCUGAUGGUUUACUACUGCUUUCUGGAUCUCACUGUUCGCGUUUGAACUUUGGGGAGUUCAUUGUGUUGUGUUUUUGUGUUAAUGGGUACCACAGAAUUGUUAAGGGGACAUUUUGUACAAUCUGUGCUCUCUGCAGUGAACUAGGAGGCUAUUCUAAAGGGUUACAUUGACUACCUCGUGAUCAAAAAUUGAUAUUCAUAAGCCCUUGAGCAGAAAAAAGUGAGCCUCUAAUCUAGAGAGGUAUAACCCUUUUAAUCCUAGAACUGGUUAACAUGUAAAUUCUCUUUGCAAUUCUAAUAUUUUAUUUGCAAAUAGGUUAUGAGAACAGACCAUUGAUCAGUCAGAUGGUCUUAUCUUGAUAUAACACCAAAUUCUUAGAUAUAUUUAAAAAGGAAAUUAUGGCAGUCAGUUGGGAGAAUUACUAAUUAGAUCAUGGGAGUUGCAGGGAUGGUAAAGUGACUCAGGAGAGUCAAGGGAUGGGCCCUGAUAGACCACUUUUUGUUUUUGGAGGAGUAGAGGGCUUCGUAUAUAUUUAUGAUUUUUUAAAAAAUCUUAUCAGGUUGAAGCAGAACAGCAGAAGUUACAAGACAUGAAUCAAGAACACACUCAGAACUUAUUGGUGAGAAUCAAUUCAUAGCCAUUAUACAUUUCAUUUUACAGUGAAAUUUUAAAACGUGUUUAUGAGCGUCACAAGUUAGGGAAAAGUCGGAGAGACAACUCUUUGAGGUUGGGUGGAUUAGUUAGUAAAUAUUGAUUCGUCAGGAAAAUUUUAAUUAAUGUAUCUAAAGAAACGUCAUGGAAAAUUGAAUAGACUUCUACCACCCAGUGAUUCUAAAAGCUCAGCAAUUGAUAACAAUUGUUUUCCCCUUAGCUUAUGAACAGUGAACUAGCAUCACUUCAAGAAAAACUGGAGGACACUGUGCAAAGAAAGGAGAAAGUCGAUCAGUUCUUAAUCAGUAGUAAAGGCGUUUUUAGACAACAGAGUGAAAUGCUCGGCUGCAUAAGACUUGCAAUCGACAACAUCGCAGAAAAGUGUCAAAGACUGCGAGGGAUGCCUGUAGAGAAACUCGAUGUCGAUUCAAAGCUCAAAGUAAUUCAAGUAAGUAUUUGAUAAUUAGAUUUGUUUCUGAUUACGCUUAAAGUUAUACUCUAACCUACACAAAAUGGUGGGAAAACAUGAGGAAUAGCUUUCAAUCGUGGUCAAAGGGGAGUGAGUUGCAAUUUUUUUUUAGUAUUGACGUAGAAUGCCAAUGCGGGUUCUUGCCUUAGCUUGGUAAGUGCGGUUAAGUGAACGGUGUGUAGAGCAAUUUUCAAAUGACUGUCGAAAGUAAUCCAGAACUUGCUCUUUAUUGGGUUUACUUCGUUAUGUGAUUGGUCCAGAAACCUCUUGCCACUUUCUUAACCAAUCGGAUUCAAAACUAAAACCAAUCGCGACUUGGUCCUCGUUUUUUCCCGCGCUUCAAGCCGUUUGCUUUUUUUUUUCUUUGAGUUCUCAUUGGUUCUCCGUGAUAGUUUCCUUCCCAUGAUUGGCUUUCGUGAUUACUUUGGUCAUUGUACGAGGACGCUCAAUCGAAAAGCGCUCUACUGACCAAUCAGUACGUGGGUAGUAUCUCUGUUAUUUUCUAUUGCACAAGAACGUAUUUUUGAAGGGAAGAACGUUAAGUAGUGUGAGACAAUUUUUUGAGACUUACUAACAACGAUUAUUGGUUUUGUUAUUCCAUGAGUCACUUGGAAGGAAUAAAUAAGUAAGCUUUCAAUUCUUAGAAUAGAAGAGGCUUUGUUUUUUUCCUCAGAAUGUAACCAAAAUAGUUGAAUUUAGUCAGCAAGUUUUUCUUAUCUGUUAUUUACGCGGAAAUACGUCGGGCAUCUUCAUUACACUAUUUUCUUUUUCUUUAAAUCUUACAAAGUAACCGUUUUCCAGCUCGUAGCCUCUGUAAUGAUAAUACGACAUGAGUUAAUCUUUCUUCACUUUUCAGGAACACAUCUUAGAGCACACUGACAUCCUGAAGCUGGCCAAACUCCCAGAGUCCGCGGCGGCCUCUGAAGGACUUCAACCCAGUCCAUCAAGCAUCCUCAAGAACAGAGUAUCCCGGCAUGCACUGGUAGACUCGCCGUUUAAGUCUAGUCCAUCCAGAGGUCUCAAGAAUGUGCAGAUGGCGCUGAGAUUUGCUGCUGAUGUCAAGCAAUCAUAG